AGCGCAGCGCAGUCCUCUCCUCAUCUUCACGAGAUUUAACGCAGGCUGACGUUCAGAGCGCGUUGUACCUCUUGACCCUCAUUAUGUUUUGGAUUAUAUUGUGGCAAAUUCAAUCUCGGUCUGCUGGCUAACGGAGAGCUGUUUCAAGUUGAUAUUGCCAACACAUGUCGCACCAGUUGUGCGUAAAAAGAGGAAACUGCACUAAAGAUAAAUGUCCACUCUUCCUAUUUCUCCUGCAAUCGGGUGUGACUGAAAACCGGGCGUUCUGCAGACCGGUACCCACGGAGCAAGAAUGAAAACAAGAUGUGCCCUGUAUUCCUUCCUCCUCCUGACACUGUGGACUCUAUGUGUCCUGCUAUUGGUCAGAGUGAAGCACAGCGACUUCACAGAGUACUUGCUUCACCGAGCAUCUUCAGAAAACAUUCAAAUAUUUCACAAGUACAAUAUUAACUGCUUGGCUAUAUACGACUUGGACCCAGUGGAGGUGGGAAAGUCACUGGUCAUCAGGCGGAAACAAGUUGUGGAGGACAAGGAGGAAAAUCUGGUUAAGCUCAUGUCAGACUGCUCAUUAUUUAUCAAGUCCAGGGGUUAUGAUGAUGUGUGCGUCUCAGAGGAGGAGAAAGACUUUCCUCUUGCUUACUCACUGGUUGUGCAUAAAUCUGCCCUGAUGGUAGAGAGACUCAUCAAAGCACUGUACUCCCCCAGAAACAUCUACUGCAUCCACUAUGAUCAAAAGUCUCCGGCUCUGUUCAUCUCAGCCAUGGAGGGUUUGGCCCGCUGUCUGCCCAACGUCUUCAUCGCCUCCAAGCGAGAGUUCGUCUUUUACGGAAGCGUCAGUCGACUGAAAGCUGAUCUCAACUGUCUGUCCGACCUUUUGGUGUCAGGUGUCAAGUGGAAGUAUGUCAUCAAUCUCUGCGGCCAAGAUUUCCCCCUCAGGUCCAACAUCGAGCUGGUGUCGGAGCUGAGGAAGCUGAAUGGAACCAAUAUGCUGGAGACAUGUCGACCCAGCAAGUUUAAGAAGCAGCGGUUCACCUUUCACCACGAGCUGAGUAACGCCAACAUUGAAUACGAAAAAGUGCCCAUGAAGACGGAGCAGAUGAAGACCCCACCACCGCACGGCAUCGAGGUGUUCUCCGGCAAUGCCUACUUCGUCUUGACCCGGGACUUUGUUGUGCACAUGGACACGGUCGUGGUGAAAGAUUUUUUGGCCUGGUCAGAGGACACCUUCAGCCCAGACGAACAUUUCUGGGCCACACUUGUGCGACUGCCGGGCGUCCCCGGAGAGGUGCCCAGAUCGCAGCCCGACAUCACCGACCUGAUGAGCAAGACCAGGCUGGUGAAGUGGCAGUACCUGGAGGAGAGCCUGUACCCACCCUGCUCAGGGAAACACGUCCGCAGCGUUUGUAUUUAUGGCGCAGCGGAAAUGCGUUGGUUGCUCAACUAUGGUCACUGGUUCGCCAAUAAGUUUGACCUCAUGGUGGACCCCAUUGUCAUUCAGUGCCUUGAGGAGAAGCUGGAGGAAAAACAAAAGUUAUUCCAGUCAAUGGCAUCUCAUACCUGCCAUGAGGAUUAAAGCAAAAGCUACAGUAUACUGAAGAGAUUAGUCGAUUUAUCAGUUAGUGGAUCAAGAGAAGAUUAAUCAGCAACAAUUCUGAUGAUCGAGUAAUCGUUUGAGUAAUUUCUUGACACAUUUAAUGGUUCCAGCUUCUGAAAUGUAAGAAUUAGCUGCUUUUUAGCUUAAAUUGUCCUUUCCCUUUGGAUUUUGAACCGUUGGAGACAUUUGAUGUCAUCUAGGAGUUUUAAAGCAGGUUUAAAAAAUGAUCCAACCUUAAAACAGAGCAAAGUGUUGGCAAUUAUGGUCCAUUUACCAAAUAUGGUCACUUCAGUUCAGUGUGCAAAAAACAAGAUGGAAGUUUGUUUUUUCAUUUUGCUCAACAAAAAUGUCAAAAAUGUUUCCGAAGAAGAUUACCAACCUGCUAUUAAGCAAUAGCGUCGGGCUCAUUUUCCACAGUUUUCUGUUUUAUAGACAUAAAGCAAUAAUAAUAAUAAUCAAUCAUAGUUACAACCCCACCAGGUAUCAAGGUUUCUUUCUCUCUGACGUUCAGUCUUCAGCCAGUUUCAGAGGCUAUAUUCACUUUUGAGCAUUUUUAAAGGCCAACAGGAAUGUAGCGCCAGCCUCUUGUAUCAUAACCACCCGUCUCUUGAAAGGGUCGGAUUACACAACCUGCCUCACAUAUCUCUAGUGGUCCAUGCAUAUGUUGUUGGUUUAGAUGAGAUGUUUUUCUCCGUCUCCUGCACAGAUACAGAUGUAAAUGAGCUUAUCUGGUCAAAUGAAUAAAUAAAUAAAAAAUGUCUCCACACCAAAAUUCAAUGGAGGUGAAUGGAGUUGUAUUCAUGGCGCUCAUAGCAUAUUACAAACAUCUUUGACAUCGGGCAUUUCUUUGUGCAACCCCGGCUGUAGAACAAGUUAAUAAACCUUGAAACAACGUCGCUGUGAACACUGGCUUUCUGCAGAAAUAAAGAGUUGAUCUUUGUACAAGAGAAUAACUUGUUUUACUUUGGUAUGAAGAGAGAAA